AUGGCUACCGAUAUGGACCACACAGCCUCCCUCGACGAGAUCCUCCAAGCUUUCGUGGACAAUACCAUCACCCUCGACCAACCUCGCAAGAGAGAGCUCAAGAACCAGAGCGAUAAUGUCGAUGGCUGUGCCAAUGCUUGUCUCGAUGUCCAGAUCAUGCUCCUUGAUCACAUCGGAAACUCACCAUGGACCAGCCUGCCCGAGAGUGUCCAGAACGUCUUGAGCAUCAAGUUUCCCGGAUCAGAGUACUUGGUUCUGAAAGUCCAAUUCGGAGUCGAGGAUCUCAAAGCACUCCCUGUUGCAACUCCGGCCAGACCUCAAGCUGCGUCUGCUUACGUGACGCCACUAAGCCUGGAACUUCCCCCAACCGGCCAGCAUGCACAGUCUCCUGGUACUGCAGAUAGGGGCUCUGUCAAGCGAAAGUCUGCACCUCUUCUUUCGGAAGCCCUUGGUUCUCUUCCAGACCUCUUCAAGAAACCACGCCUCAGUAGCCCGGAAGAUGACUUUGUCCCCAGCGACGACGAAGCGCCAGUAGAUCUCGUUGACGACGAUGACGCUGCUGCUGCUACCGCUGAGUGUCUUACACCGGUAGUGGAUGAUGAAGGCUUUAUCCGCAUCGGCCCGCAACCCAUGAAGUCUCAAUUAUGGGUUCAAUCAGCUCCGGAGGAAAGGUCAAAUCGCAUCAUCAAAGAAGCUGUUGCUCACAAUCACAGGCGCACAGACUCUUGCUUUCCCAACUCGAAUGCAGACCGUCUAGAGCUCGCCGCUACCAAGCUGGCUAGAGAACUUUCGGGCCUUAUGAUCGAGUCCAAGACUGGUUGGGUUAAGCUACUCUGUGACUACACAGGCCUACCAAUGUCAUGGGCUCCUGGACCACGAUCUCCCUCCUUAGAGUCUAUAUACCCAAUGGUCAAAUUUGAGGGUCAUAUUGAGUAUCACGCCCCCCCAAAUGGGUGUCUCAUUAUGUCUUUCAUAAACUGGACAAAGAGACAACACCCCUCGAUUGCUCUCUCAUUGGUUUCUGUCUGGCUCAACGCAUACCAAGAGCCCAACUUCAACUCUCAGCGACGACAAUGUGCUUGGGCCUUCAAUGCACUCUCAAACAUGAUGAUUAUGACUCGGGCUUUUCAAGCUAUGGAUACACACGAGAAUCAUAUCAAGCGCUGGGACAGCAGAGGAGUUGAUGAACAACGUGCUAUCCUUGAGAUGCAACGAACAGGCACAAGAGUACCUGAGGCCGAGCGCUUCCUUGAAGCGGCCAGUGUCGAUUUCUUAUGGGCCCCAGCAGACAUGCUUUACCCUGCCAGACUCAACUUCCACGGAUCCUCUAUCUACAGGAACCUCAAACGCAUCGCCGAAUCAAAGGGCAUCACAACCUUUGAGUUUGAGUACUACUGUACCGUACUCUCUCCCGGCCGAAUCAGGCAGAGAGUCUUCUAUCCGUUCCAUAUCCUCUCAAGGCCCCAAGCUGAGAGCAUCGGGUGGGAUUGGAAUAUGCUGUUCAAGCUCUGUCGGGAGAUGCUACACACGAUGCGAACUGCAUGUAACAAGCACGCAGAGAAAGCAGAUCGCGGGGAGGCUCAUGUAGAUGAGGUCCAACUUAUCUACUGGAUGGGAACCUGGGUUUGCGACCAGAUCAAUCGUCUCAAAGCCGAAAAGUCCGACAGGGAAGAGAUCGCAUUCUCCAUGAUGCUUGACCGCUGGGGGCUGCCUAUUGUCCCUUGGAAGUCGCAUAUCCUUCGAGUCUCACUUUGCAAGAAACAAGACCAUGGAAUUGCAAUGAUCUUUGGCAUUGAAGACACCCCUGACUUUGAUCCUGUACAGCAUAUUGAUCUCAGUUGUGCCACCGUUACUCUAGACACGAGUUUUACAAACAUGGCAAUGAAGAACUUCGAUACUGGCUCCUGGGAUAGUCUCCGAACAAUCCUUAUGCAGGUACCUCUGCAUCACCCAUUCUGGAAGGUUGAUCUAUCUCUUGGGGAUACCGUCUGGGCAGGAGAAUGGGACAGAUCGAUUCAGCCUCAGGCGCCCACACCUGAGUUCCAGGCCAACCUUUUGUCGAUCGAGGCAUGGGUUGAUGAGCAGCCCAGGGAUCCCUUCGCUUGUGCAUACUGUGGCCAGACAUUCAACAGUGCCGGUCGGUUGGUCGAGCAUUCCCGAAGAUGCUCUAGAGGCAUUGAGGAUGAACAAGAAGCACCAAACCUUGAGCAAGACAAUGCCGAUCAAGAAUACUGGGACAGCACACAUAAGUGUGAUAUUUGCAAUAAGUCAUUCACAACGGCUAGAUCUCUUACAAGGCAUAAGAGAACGCAUACAGGGGAUAAGCCUUAUAAGUGUGACAUUUGCGGUCGGUCAUUUACACGGGCUAAAGGUCUCAAGGAGCAUAUAAAAACGCAUACUGGACAGAAGCCUCAUACGUGUGACGUUUGCGGUCAGUCAUUUGCACGGCUUGAUCAUCUCAACGGCCACAAGAAAACGCAUACUGGAGAGAAGCCUCAUAAGUGUGAUAUUUGCAAUAAGUCAUUCACAACGGCUCAAUCUCUUAAAGUACACAAGAGAACGCACACAGGGGAGAAGCCCUAUAAGUGUGACAUUUGCGGGGGGCCCCAUAGGUCACAAACGCCGCACCACCCAAACCCCAAGGACUGGAUCUCUUAUCGGGAAGGAAUAGUUAUUCCUGGUGAAACAAGCACAGGUUCCGGUUCGCUCGUUGAAGUUGGUCUGGGGGAGCCUGUCGAGGUUGAGGCCAAGAUCCCAGUAAAGACACGGAUAACGCUCAAAUUUUCCGAGGAUGAGACCCAAUACCCUGAGCCUGUGCAUCCUGCUGUACCAAGAACUGAGGGCGGUUACUACUGGGGAUACAAUGUAAGAAGGGCCAGUUCCCUCUCCAAUGUUUUCACUGAGAGUCCCUACGAGAACGGUUACGAUGUCAGUAUUGGCACCUCCGAACGUGGUGUUCCGGCCUCUAGGGUUUUCCCGCCGUCUAAGAGAGUCAACUUCAACCAUCUUAUCAUUGUCUUUGGUGGCCCGCGAGGUUUGGAGUUUGCAGCAAUGAACGAUCAAGAACUCAGCAGUAUGGACAUACAGGGUCCCAGGACCAAGGAGUUGUUCGACCACUGGGUCAAUGUUUUGCCCGGUCAAGGAUGCCGGAAUAUCAGGACAGAUGAAGCUGUAUUUAUUGCAUUAGCAACAUUGAGAGGUAUUUGGAAUUCUAGUUAG